AUGUCAGCGCCCUCAACAAUCCCCGACAUUGCCACCCCUACCACUGCAACCAUCGCCUCUUCUGCUCAAUCUUCCCCAACUAGCGCAGCCUUCAAGGUCGUCUGUGCCUGGCCCAUAUCUUCCAACUACGGCGCCGGGUCGCGUAUCCUAUACUAUGUCCUCGUUGCCGCAUGUGUGACAUUUCGCAAAGCUGAAUGGUUACGGAACACGUGCUUGGCUGCCGUCUUGAUCCUCCCCGCCAUCUCGGCAAUCCAAGGCAUCGUGCUCGCAGCUGCGCACCAGAAUGGAGGAAUUGAUUUGGACAUCUUUGGUGCCUUUCAAGUGUGCGCAAUUGGCAUCUUGGCCGCUCCGCUCACGGUGCGACUGUCGCGCACCUACUUUUACACGCCGGGAAGGAACAUUAUUUUUUUGUGGACCAUUCUAAUCCUCAUGGGCCUAUUGGCCCUGUGCGUUGAGUUCUACCGUGUGACGCCGACCGACUGCAACAUUCCCAUCGACGCAAACUCUCCCCGAGGAACUGCCGCUUUUUUGAAACUGCAGCCCAAUUGCAAUUUGACCUGCUCUGAAACACAAGGCCCAAGGUCGCCGCUGCGAGGCGGAGCUGCAGCCGAUGUCUAUGUUGUUCCUGUGCCACGGAUCCUGACCUUUAAUGCCGGUAUGCUCUUGGCAGCAGGGUUCUGUAUACCAGCCAUCCUGUCCUUGAUCUUCACAUGGGACAAGGUCCUGGAAACCAAUUGGAAGAGACGUCGUCAUGUCGAAGAGCUCAAUGCCCGCAUUGAAGGCGCCAACAUGACAGUCGGAGAGAUGAGAAAUAUCAACGACCUUGUGCGAUCCUUUCUGACCGUCAUUGAGAUCCCGCUCUUUGGUGGCGUUAUACUGACCAUUAUCGGCAUCGGCGAAGCAAACUUCUUCAGCCCUCAGUUGAUGUACAUGACCGAACCCAUGGGGUCUUUUGGGCAGUGGUCACCUAUAGCUGGUACAAUCCUCGGUGCCUUUGGAUCUUUAUAUCUACUAUGGUCAACCAGCGGCAAAGAGACUACCGAACAGAAGCACAUACCACAAUGCGAGCAUUCGUGCUCUUCACGUCACAGUCAUAGCAGCGAACAAUGUCCAACUCCACUGCCACAGAGGAACUCCAAUUCAAAUUCAAACCUCCCAGUCAAUGCUCUGGGUAUACGCUCAGAGUCGCCCAAUGAUAUUUCAUUAAUCCCAACAAUUACGCAUCCAGGGGACGAUGGCGAUCAAAUACGCGGAAUCCUUCCGGAGGACCGUCAGGAUACUCAGCCAGAUGAUCACCCGACAGCCGGUAGACACAAAGUCCGUAGAUGGCUGACCUCUGCCGGUAACUAUCUUGGCGACGCUGCACACGAAAAGCUUGACUUGGAGCAAAACAGCACCAACGAGGCGACACGAUCGUUCCCAGAGGUACCCGGAGAAAUAUGGCGUAACCCAAACCUCGAGACCACUAGUCGCAAUUAUGAUCUGAUGCGGGAAAGAGCCAGCAGCACAUAUGCGGCAAGCAUUCGGUCUACAUCAGAUAUCGGACCCAGCUCACCACCACCCGUACCAGAAACGCCGCGACUGGAUUCUAGUUCCGCCCGAGCACCAAAACGACGAGACACUCUAGAAGUACCAAAGGAAACCCAUAGAAGAAGUGAGAGUCAGAGCUUGGGAAGGUGA